GGUCCCUCGCCGCCACGGAGCAAUCCCCGCCACUGACAUCGACGUGUUUUUCUCCCAACAUUUCCAUGGUAACAGCCCAGUCGAAGGUCUGAGGAGCCGAACGCGGAGUGAAAAUGGAACUGGAGGAAAAAAAUCCCGACCCCAAAUACGGGGAGUCCCGGAAGUACGACCCUAACUUCAAAGGACCAAUACACAACAGGGGGUGCACGGAUAUUCUCUGUUGCAUUCUCUUCAUCCUGGCUGUGUUGGGCUACUUUGCUGUGGGAAUCAUAGCCUGGUCCCAAGGCGACCCUCGGAAGGUGAUCUACCCCACGGACAGUCGAGGGCAGUUCUGUGGGCAAGCAGGAACUCCACUGGAGAAGAAGCCUUUGCUCUUUUACUUCAACAUCGUGAGGUGCGCCAGCCCGCUGGUUCUGCUUGAGUUGCAGUGCCCCACGACGCAGUUAUGUGUAGAAACCUGCCCAGACAGACAUCUCACUCUGGUGAAAGCCAAGCUGGGCACCAAAGAAGACCGAGAGUACUAUCAACAGUACUGCAAAGCUGGAGUAGACUUUGCCAAAUUGAGCCCCCCGGAGCUGUUGAGGGAUGGUCUGUGUCCCGCCAUGCUCAUGCCCAGCAAAGCUUUCACGCGCCGAUGCCUUCCUGCUCUGGGAACAUUGAAAGGCGGGGUGGUGGUGGUGGGCAACGAGACCUCUUUCGAAGAUGGACAGGGCGUCACUGUAAACGCAACCGAACUGCUGGAUGCAUCAAAGAAGUCCAACGUGGUUGUCGAAGCUCGUCAGGUGGCCAUGAGGAUCUUUGAGGACUACACACAGUCGUGGCAUUGGAUUCUGCUCGGCCUGGUGAUCGCCAUGGUGGUCAGCUUGAUUUUCAUCGUCCUGCUACGCUUCUUGGCAGGAGUCAUGGUCUGGGUCAUGAUCGUGCUGGUUAUUCUGGUCGUUGGAUAUGGCAUUUUCCACUGUUACAUGGAGUUUGCGAGCCUAAAGGGGGAACCAGGAGCUGACGUCACCAUUCGAGAUCUGGGCCUCCAGACAGACUUCUCCAUCUACCUACAGAUCAGACAAACCUGGCUUGCUUUCAUGAUCAUUCUUGCCAUUGUGGAAGUGAUUAUCAUCCUGCUGCUCAUCUUCCUCAGGAAGAGAAUCAUGAUCGCCAUCGCACUGAUCAAAGAAUCGAGCAGGGCCGUCGGACAUGUGAUGUCGUCCUUGUUCUACCCACUUCUGACCUUUGCCCUGCUCUCGCUGGUCAUUGCUUACUGGGCCGUCACUGCAGUUUUCUUGUCCACGUCCAACGAGCAGGUGUAUAAAGUGUUCAACAACUCCGACUGCGAGUACGCCAGAGAGACCUGCGACCCCAAGACAUUCAACACGUCGAACAUCUCGGCUCAGUGCCCUGAUGCCGACUGCCUCUUUGCCUUCUACGGUGGCGAGACUCUCUACCACAAAUACCUCAUUUUGUUCCAGUUUUACAACCUCUUCCUCUUCUUCUGGUGUGCUAACUUCGUGACUGCGCUUGGUCAAGUUACUCUGGCUGGUGCCUUUGCAUCAUAUUACUGGGCCUUCAAGAAACCAGAUGAUAUUCCUGCGUACCCCAUCUUCUCCUCUCUGGGACGGGCGCUCAGGUACCACACUGGAUCGCUGGCGUUCGGCUCUCUGAUUCUGUCCAUAGUGCAGGUCAUCCGUGUCAUCCUGGAAUAUUUGGAUCAAAAGUUAAAAGGUGCUCAAAACAAGUUUGCAAAAUUCCUUCUAAGCUGCAUGAAGUGCUGCUUCUGGUGUCUGGAGAAAUGCAUCAAGUUCCUCAACAGAAACGCCUACAUCAUGAUUGCCAUCUAUGGGAAGAGCUUCUGCACAUCAGCCCGAGACGCCUUCUUCCUGCUCAUGAGAAACAUCAUCAGGGUGACUGUUUUGGACAAGGUGACUGAUUUCCUGCUCUUCCUGGGAAAGCUCCUCAUUGUUGGCAUUGUUGGGAUUUUCUCGUUCUUCUUCUUCUCUGGGAGAAUCAAAGCCGUGGAAGACGCCGCUCCCUCUCUCAACUACUACUGGGUGCCAAUUCUGACGGUGGUUUUUGGAUCUUAUCUGAUCGCUCACGGCUUCUUCAGCGUCUAUGCCAUGUGUGUGGACACUCUCUUCCUCUGCUUCUGUGAGGAUUUGGAAAGAAACGACGGCUCGUCUGAGAGGCCGUACUACAUGUCCCCCGAGCUGCACGAGAUCCUCUCCAAAGCCGCGCGGCUGGAGGAAGAGCAAGACGGCGAGGUGCAGGCAGACGGCGUGAAGCAGGUAGACGACGUGAAGCUGGAGGAGGAAACGCCUCUUCAGACGCAGCAGGACGGAGAGGUUGAGCUGAAAAAGCAGGAUGUACUAAAACAAGGCACGGAGGAGGAGCAGCCCCUGCAGACCAAAGUCGAUGACGAAGCAGUGAAGGAAGAGGAGACAAACGCUGCAGUUGCAGAGGAGGCCGUAAAGAAAGAGGAAGCAACGGUAGGAGAAGUUAUCGAGAAAGUGGAGUCGCCCAAGGAGGAGAAGAUGGAGCCCGCCAGUGUAGAGGCCGAGAAAAAAGAGACUGCUGAGAAGACAGAAGAAGCCAAGGUGGACGCCCCUCCUUCCUCAGAGUAGAAAAUCGUUAAACUCGCAUAAAGAAUGAAAUAACUGUUUUCAACGUCGUGGUUUGGGCCUUCUUAGUGUGUGACGUGACAAAAUUGACAUUGCCUUGAGCGGGUGUAGCGGGUCACAGGUGUCAUGGUGUGUCCAUCCGUUUGGGGGGGUCGCAGUUCAGUGCAAUAGAAAACAACUGACACAUAACUCAAUAUUAGUCAGUGAGCCAAUUUAGUUGUUUUCUUUCUCACUUUUUUUCAUACAGGUUUUAAACAAUUCACUACAUUUAGGGGCUGAAAAUGAAGUAAUUAUGCAUGUACAGAAAUGUAUGCAAACCUACUGCAAACACAAUUUUUCAAGAGUGUAUGGAAAGCUUUGUGUGCUUUGAUACUUUGACACAUUUCUGCCUCAAUUUUGCGUGUUGUUGGCUGAGGAAGUGCCGAUUAAUUUAAGUCACGUGUCACAAGACACCACAAUGGAAGGCGAGACGAGUACUUUUGCCACAAAUUAGGAGCCGAUAGUUUACAUGUCAGAGCUUCUCAAGGAAGUGGAUCUGGAGUCGAUCAGACAAAAUAUUUUUCCGAUCAAGUUUUUUCACAGAUGCUGUUGCCAGUCCUAAAUCAGUUGUGGCACUCGGAAUCUGAUUUUGAAUAUAAUGUCUUCUAAUAUUUGACGGACAGCAAGCUCUAUAAAGUUCCAGGACGUAGGUUGCAGGUGAUCUUGACCUUGAAGCUUUCUGUAGAUGUAUGAAAGCUUUUAUAUCAGAAAUUGUGCCACAAGUGAAAAAUGUCAUUGAAUGCAAUGCAUCAACUGAAACAGUAUAGUGCUUCAUGAAUAUAAACAAACUGAGCUGUGACCUCCAAAACGGGGCGGUCGGGGGUCGCUCCUAUCCCCUUGUAACGUUGGUGAUGUGAUGUCCCGCCGAAAGUAGCCGCAGCUUCAAAAGCCCAGCGCAUCUCGGUAGCGGUGAAGAAAAUAAAACGCUCUCUUGUGUUGGUUCUUUACGUUGUGAAGAUCUGUCUGUGAGUGCUGACUCUGUGCCUGAUACUACUGUCACUGAUGUUUGCUGUCUCCCGUCAAUGCACUACACAACCUGUUUACAGUCAGAGCAACCCGUUCGACGGCGAAGUCACAGCCGCCGUUUACAAUAAUACCAGCUGACGCCAAAAUGCUCCACACGUUUAUAAACUGGAUGAAAGUGUGUCAUUCUUUUCUACAUACGCACAAAUCUCUGUGUUGUGUGUAAUCCUUUUGGCUUGUAAAGAAAUCCUCGCCAUUUCGGCAUCCCACGCAUUGUAAUGCCACCUACUUGCCUUGGUAUAUCAGACUGGCGUGAGUUCCGUGAUUGUAUCUCCUUGACGCAGCCGUCGUGACCUCAUGAACUCUGUGGACCCCCCCACUUGUGAGUCCUUCUGCCUUGCUCUGUCCUUCUAUUCCAAGUGCUGCAUGAUGUUUAUAUGACUGCUUGCAACUAACAUCUUACUCUGUGGAUGCUUUUUGUACAUUUCUCUCUGUUUUUCAUCUUGUGUACGUUCUACUAUUGAUAUCUACUGAUGACAUUCCAUAUUUAUUGGGUGUAAAUCUUGAUUAAAGUGAUUGUAUUUCAUGGCUGUGUGGUGGUUAGAAUCCAGCGAGCAGGUGAGUCGUGACUUUGAGACCUUGUAGUUCAGCGCUUAGAUGUGGCAUUAUUAAGAAAAUGAAGAGGCCCAGAAUUACAUCUCAGUGACCGCCUCUUGCUCCACCUGAAGAACACAUGCGUUCACAUCAACAAUAUUUACAGCAGCCGAUUUACAUGAAAAAUCAUCGUGGAGCCAUGAUUACAUGCAACCAACUGCUGUGCUUCGAAAUGGGAGCAGUAGGUGGAGCCGUUUCAAGGGACAUUUGUGGCAUAAAAUGCUGAAAAUUCAUUGUCAACAUGAAGAAUUGACUGUUGACAACAUGAAGAGAUGGUAGCUCCUUUGAUGGACACAAAGACGGCAACGUCCUAAACAUUUUUGGUUUUUCAUAGACUUCCACCGUUGAUAUUUGGCUACAACUCUGCAUCAUCUGGUGUUUAAGUUUUGUUCUAGUGCAAGAAGUGUGAGAGCAAGAGAAGAGAAUGUGUAGUAAGAGGGAGCUCAGACAAGGCUUAUUUCCGGUAGUCUAUCUAUCUAUCUGUCUGUCAAAUCUUUUUACCAUGGGUGGUGGUGAAAAUGCGGCACUGAUCUGUCAGUCGAUGCGCCAACCUUUGCUGACUCAUGAACAAAACCCUCCUCCUCCUGGGGACGUAACAAGGCUGAUCAUCUCCUGAGAUCUCUAGCAGAUCCCACAGGACUAUAGUAAAGCCCGGACCUGGGCAACGCGCGGCCCGGGGCCAUAUGCAGCCGGAUGCCUGCAUUUUCGUUGCCCUUUUGACGUCAGACUAAAACUAUAGCAUUGUAAUAUGUUUAAUAAUAUGUUGACAUUUUUUUGUCUUUUUUAGUCACCACCACCACUUCAACAGUGAAUAUAGCAUGUUCUUGUUUGAAGACUAUAGUUUUCUUCUUUUCUUUGGCCAUUUUUGUGUUUGUCUUGUUCCUUGAAAUACAUCGAAAGAAUGUUGAAAAUAUAUUUUGAAAUAAAUUGCCUUUUACAAUAUAAUAUUAUAAUAAAAAGAAACAUUUCAAUAGGUUUCAUGGCAUAUUUACACUUCUUAACAUCAUUACUUACAUUUAAUUUUGUCCUUGUUACUCAAGUACAUAUUUUGGAUAUUUUUCCGUCAUGUUUUGUAGUCAUCGCUGUCUUUCUUUUGAUGAUGGCCCCUCAGAGGGUUUCUAACGUGGCCCUUUAGGAAAUGUAAUUGCCCACCUCUGGUGUAGCCCUACUAUAGUCCUGUGAGUUAAAUGAUGCUCUCCACUAAAAUCUGUCGUCUAUAUCUAAGACCCAACGGUUGAGAUGAGUAGACGUGUGUAGACACAUAGUCAAAAUCUCUGUCAGCUUUUAUUGCAUAGUCUUUACGUGAGUUUUGUUUUUAAUGUUCUGUGUGAACCGU